AUGUCCAGAAGGAAGCCGCCAUAUGAACGCAUUGAUCGCGACGUGGCUCGCCGCUACGAGCUCAUCUCGCGCAUCGGACGAGGGUGCUAUGGCGUCGUAUUUGAGGUCAUGCUCCGGGACCCUACCAAGUUCGAUAAGUUUGCAAUGAAGAAGGUUUUGUAUGCCUUCAACAACUCAACGGAUGCCCAGCGAACGUACAGAGAGGUGUCAUACCUCAUGGAGUUCGGGAGCCACACAAAUAUCUUGUACGUGCAUGAUGUGCUGGUCUCCGCUGAUGACAAGCACCUUUACAUCGUUACGGACUUGAUGGAGUCUGACUUGUGCAAAGCCAUAAAGUGCAACUCCCUAGGCAUCGUGCACAAGUCCCUCAUUUCGUACCAAGUGCUUCGGGCGCUCAAGUACAUCCACUCCGCGGGAGUCAUGCACCGCGACCUGAAACCCGGGAACAUCUUUUUGGACCGGACCUGCCAGGUGUUAGUGGGAGAUUUCGGUCUAGCCAGAUCCUCGUGCUGCCGGCAUCGUUGA